UGACCACAACAUGAAUGCAGAAUAUCUGUGCUUAAUGGAAAAAGGCCUGACUUUAAAAAAUCUAUGACUGUGACAUUGACUAUGUAAAAUUGACACGAUAAGCCCAGAUAAGGUGACUUCAAAGAGUAUUUUUAUAGGCGACUUAUUUAUUUUCUUUGGUUUGUGUUUUAUAGUAGAAAAUUAGAAAUUAAUAGUCACUUGACAUUGACAAAAUUGUGAGAACGCACAGAUAAGUCGUUAUUAAAAGAAGAAGAAGAAAAAGAAAACUAGGCAACUCAAUUAAAGCAAUGAAAAGCAAACAUGCUUUAGUCCAACGCUUAAAUGCAAAAACACCUCAGUCCUACAUUAUUUCUUAAAUUAUAAAGAAUUUAUGUAUAUUUUAUUUGUUUUGAUUAAUGUAUUCUAUUGAAUGUACCAACAUCGGAUUCUGAUAAAAAAUACAAUUUAUUACGACACAUUUGAAAUUUGCGGUUUUCCAGUCUAGGUAUUUUUGUGACUGAAGCGCCUUUGCUUUUAUACCCCUCAAUUGAUGAAGAAACAUGAUGAAAUAUCGUGAUGGAUGAUGAUAUCAAAAAGUUGUUAAGUGAAGAAGAGUCAAGAGAGACCUUGAUUAAAUAAGUUCACCCAAAAAAGAAAUAAAGUGUAGUAGUAUCCAUUGGUAUUUAUGAGCAGAUUUUAAGGGAAUCAUCAAAUUUUCUGAUUGCCUAUUUCCUUGUAUGUGUUAAUUUGUAGUUUUUUUUAAAGAUUGAAGAUAAUUAUCUUUCAUGAGACGAUCGUUUCACUUGUUCACUACAUCAGUGUCCGUCGCCCAGCAGAAACAGUUUUUUGGAAGUAAGAUGAAAUUGCUAAAUAAUUUCAAAGAGUGGAAAUUCAAAGAGCCUCCUGUUUAUUCAGAGCUUCCUAUAGAUGAUAAUCCGGAGUAUAAUGCACCAGUGGCCGUGAAAAAUGCUGUAUUUUCAAAGGUACCAACAGAGCCAUUGCAAGGUAAUCUCCAUCUUGUAUGUGCAUCAGAAGACUGCCUUAAGAAUGUACUUGAACUGGAACACACAGUUGCAGAGACAAAAGAGUUUAUCAAUUUUAUUGCUGGGAAGUACUUGCCUGAAGGGGGAUUGACUGUUUCACACAGAUAUGGUGGUUAUCAGUUUGGCUUCUGGGCAGACCAGUUAGGUGAUGGAAGAGCUCAUAUACUUGGAGAAUAUGUGAACAGUAAGGAAGAAUCCUGGCAACCCCAACUAAAAGGAUCAGGGGAAACCCCUUAUUCUCGUUUUGGAGACGGUCGUGCGGUGUUGCGUUCUUCCAUCAGGGAAAUGGUGGCCUCUGAAGCUUGCUAUUUCUUAGGCAUACCAACAACAAGGGCUGCCGCUUUGGUGGUGAGUGACGAACAUAAAGUGUAUCGUGACAAAACGUAUUCUGGACACGCACGCCCGGAGCGGGCUGCAGUACUGAUGCGAGUGGCGCCAUGUUGGUACAGACUCGGGUCUCUAGAGAUAUUGGACAAGAGGAAGGAGCCUCACACUAUGAAAACUUUAGUUGACCACAUCAUAAAGCAUUACUACCCUCACAUUGAGUCGAGCGAUGAAAACAAGUACGUUAAAUGGUACUCUGAAGUCGCAGUGAAGAAUCUAGACAUGGUUGCAACUUGGCAAGGUUAUGGCUUCACCCACGGCGUUCUGAACACAGACAAUGUGAGCAUACUUGGCUUAACUAUAGACUACGGCCCUUUCGGAUUCAUAGACUAUUACAAUCAACACUAUGUACCCAACACUUCGGAUGAUAUGGGCAGAUAUGCUUAUUAUAAACAACCAGAUAUUAUUCUUUGGAAUUUGGAGAAGUUUGCCGCUGCAAUGGAACCAAUAUUAUCUGAGGACGAGAAACAGAAGAUAGCAGAGUUCAGAAGCACUUUGAGUGAAUACUCUAAGAAAAUAAUUCUUAAAACCUUCCUCCUGAAAUUGGGUUUACAAGAAAUUCAAGACGGCGAUGAUAGUCUGGUGCAAGAUCUUCUGCAAAUAAUGCAGCAGACAAUGGCAGAUUUCACUUGCACAUUUAGGCAACUUGGGGAGGUAGAACCUAAAGAAUUGGUAAAUCAGACUGUAAUAGAAAAGAAAUGGUCUUUGUUAAAGGUAUACGAAUCAAAACAAUGGUCCGUUUGGGUCAGCAAAUAUCAGGACAGAUUAUGUAAAGAAAAUGUGACCGAGGAAGACAGACGUCUGCGCAUGUCACAAGUUAAUCCAGUUUACAUACCCAGAAAUUGGAUGCUGCAAGAGGCGAUUGCUGAUGCGGAGAAUAACGACUUUCAGAAGGUUCGUUUCCUGUUAAAGAUUUUUGAAAAACCGUUCGAGACAAAUGAAGAAGCAGAAAAACUUGGGUAUUCAGCACAACCUCCCAGCUGGUCUUAUGGUCUGAAACUGAGCUGCUCUAGUUAAUUUUUAAGUUUUUGGCUCUCACAUAUUGGUAAAAGUGGUAUUUAAAAACAUUCUGAUAUUACUACAUCAUUUAGAGAUUUGAUGGAACUAUUUGAUAUAAUAAAAAUCUUAAAAUGGCUCUUUUUGUGAUAUCGCCGUUUGGUUUAUGAGGGUAGCUUACAGUUAUUGUUAAUAUAAAACGUAAUCUCCGUAAAAAAAAGGUACUGAAAAUUAUUUGCACAAUUGAAUUCUUUUGAAACAAGGUGUCCUUCAUUUUGUAAAUAGUAGUAUUAUUAAGUAUAGUCAACAGCACGUCAGACAAUACAAAACUGUUAAAUUUCUCUACUCGAUUUUAAACCUUGAUGAAAUACAUUGUAAAUAUGUUCAUUGGAAAGGCCUAUUAAUAUGCAACCGUUAAGAAUAACUGCUAUUGAUUCUAGUUUAUAACCAUUGUUGCAAGUUCUAAUUUCAUGAAUAUUUAUUAUUGUUAUAAGUUAUAUUGUUAUUUUUGGAAUUAUAUAUUUUCUGCACUUAAAAUUUUGUUUCAUUUUUCAUGAUUCAAAUGAAAGAAACACAAUAUGAUAUGAACUUGUAUUAUAUCAACUCAGAUCUCAAUAAUGUAUGAGUGUUCUUGUAAUAAAUAGUUAUAACAUUUAUAUAGUAAAUCAAUCAUUUCCACACAAUGUUACUUAAUAUUUACAAUUUUAAUAUAACAAACUUAAUUUUCUUUCUUUAACAAUAAAAUAAAUACUAUAAUUAUUCAUAAUCUUCAUCAGCACUAUCAUCAGGUUCAGAAUAAUCUUCAUCUAUUUCAAUUUUUCUCUUUUUCUUUUGUUGGACAUUUUCUUUAUCUUCUUCUGAUAUUUCUAUUUUAGCUUCUGUUUCAGCCGAACGAUGGUGAAACACAAAUGAAAUGGUUUUUGCCAAGUCCCAGCAUUGCUUCAAAACCAAAUCAGCUAAGCUCUUCUUAUCUGCACAGUGAUACCAAUUAGAUAAAUCAGACGUACAAUCAGAAUUCUCUGGUGGCAUAGUCACUUGUAUAUUGUUAAUGCAUCUCUUACAUUUAAAUUUGCUGUGUGUAUCUGAAAGAGUAUUUUCUUCUAAUCUGAAUAAAUCUUUCAGAUCAUCUGAAGUGAAAUGCCGUAAAGAUUCCUCAUUUUGAUCGACAACUGUAUCACUGAGAGCCUUUUUGUGAGCUUGUCUUUGGAAUAUCUUCUCUUCAAUUGUACCUGUAGCCAGUAAUCUAUAAAUAUAGCAGGGUUUCUUUUGUCCAUCACGCCACACUCUAGCCAUUGCUUGAUCAUCAUUCGCGGGAUUCCAGUCUGGGUCAAACAUGAUCAAACGGUUUGCACCAAUGAGAUUCAGUCCACAGCCUCCAGCUUUCGAACUAAGCAUGAAGAUCCAUUCUUUAGAAUCUUUACUAUUAAAGCUUUCCACAACUUUAGCUCUCUUCUUGAUUGUCAUAGAACCGUCCAAUCUAACAUAAUGGUAACAUCUUUUUCUGCAUAAUUUCUCAAAUAGAUCUAGUGUUUGUGUGUAGUUAGACACAAGGACAAUCUUGUCAUCUGUGUUUGUUUUAAGAUUAGCUAAUAUGCAAUCCAAUAUCAUCAGUUUACCUGAAUAUUCUGGUUUGACAUCUUUGAUAUCAUAAUUACUUGGUAACAAAUCUCUAGCUUUCUCAAAACCUUCCGAUCUUUCUAUAAUUUUAUCAUAAACCAGAUCUGGAUGGUUGCAAAGCUUUUUCAAAGUGGUGAUACUAGAAAGAGCACUAAGGGUGUUCUUCUCACCAGUACCAGAGAAUUUAUUCCGUAUAGCAUCAGAGUUAAUAAAGUUCUUGUAUAUUUGAGUUUGAAGGGGAGUCAUUUUCACACAAAUGACCUGCUCAAACUUGACUGGCAAGUACUUAGUGAGUAAGUUACUUGUCCUUCUUAUCAUACAUUUAUUGACUAUAGAAGUUAAUGUCUGCAGACAUUCUUGAGCUCUUUCCCUUUCUUGCUGAGAUGCUAAGGCAUCCUGACCUUUCAAUAUUGGGUUUUCAUAUCUCUUCUUGAAUUCUUGGGCGGUACCUAGUAUACCUUCAUUGACAAAGUGCACUAGACUGAAAUAUUCUGUUAAAUCAUUUUGUAUUGGAGUGCCGGAUAUUAAAAUUCUUCUCUUAGCUUUUAAACCCAUUAAAGCCUGGUAUGUUUGAUUUUCACUGUUUUUCAAUCUGUGCCCUUCAUCACAAAGAACUAAUCCAACUUCUGAUGAGUGUAAUAUAUUAGAAUAUAUUCUAAAUGUUUCAUAUGAUAUAAUCAGUACUGGAGUUGCAACCCUCGUAGCUGAGUAGGUGUUCAUAAAUUGUUGUAAUUUUAAUGUGAUUUCAGCUUUAGAACCACCAUCCAUUGGCAAUGCAUUUAUUCUUUGGCCUAGCCAUUUAUGAAUUUCAUUGUACCAAUUUUUUACCAAGCUACUUGGACAAACAAUAAUAGCUUUACAGAUAUAAGGUUUGCAAUCAGGCCCUUGCCUUAAUAAGGUCCACAAUAAAGUUAUACACUGAAGUGUCUUUCCCAGUCCCAUCUCAUCCGCCAUGAUACACCCAUAAGCAUUUUCGAUCUGUUUCCCAGUGACGCAAUCGUACAUGAAUUUUACACCUUCUCUUUGAUGAGGUCUUAAAAUAUUACCAAGCACUGGAUCUACUACAACUGCUACUUUAAUCUCAUUUGGGCUCAUUUUCAUCCUUUCAUGUUCAGGAAUGUGUGGUGGACGGUACAAGACCAAAGCGUUUGGUUCAUCUGGAUCAUGUAAAGCACGUCUUACUUGACUUCUUUUUAGUCCUAAACUUUUGCUGCAAUAAGAUGAAACAUAAUUUGGGAUCGGAACUUUGAAAGGUUUAUUCAAUAUCUGUCGUAUGAGAUUCUCAUGUUCCGAUGCAGACAGCGCUUGGGAGGCAGACUUUUGGGUCAGAGGUAUUUUUGUGCAUUCCCGCCGUUUGCGUUUAGUCGAAUCAAGCAAAGGACUUUUGAAGACAGUAUCACCAGCGCCAAUCUGGCUCGGCGCUAAACUACGUCUCAUCUUACAGUCGUUGAGGUCAUUGAUUGCACAAAAUAACUAUAUUAAACGCAUGGUAACAAUUAAAAAAAAAUUAGAGAAAUCAAAACACGAUCGGCUUUUAUAAAUGACAUAUAAUAAUGUACUCUGUGAAAUGACAUUAAAGUUUUUUUUUUAUUAAAUGCAGAGGGAUCCAGCCCAUAUUGCUUAGGUAUUGUUUCUUCUAAAGUUGGUUUUUCACAAAAUCAAAAAUUGAAUAAUCAUUGUUUACUUUUAACAGUUUAAUGAGGAAGUAUUAAAAAAAUAACUAAAAAACACCUUACUAUAUGUCGACUCUAGCAAAAGUUGAUUUUUAAAAGAAACGAAUAGACCAAACAUAGUCAUUUCCGUCCAUUUUAACAAACAUAUAAAAAAACUGAAAUUUGCG